AUGGGUGAUGCCAGCUGCUCCAAGCACUGCCCGGCAGCCCUGAACCUCCCAGCCUGCUGUGUGUCCAGUCCCAGCCAGGCAACCUGCUGCAUGCCUGUGACCUGCAAGCCCACUGUGUGCAUGCCCAUGAGCUGUAAGCUUGUCAUUUGCAUGCCCGUCAGCUGCAAGCUGGCCAUGUGUGUGGCCCCCUCCUGCCAAUCCUCCCAAUGCUGCCAGCCCUCCUGCCCUACCCUCAUCUGCACACCUAAACAGGAUUAA